AUGAAAUUGUUCUCCUUUUUAAAACGAAGUCACAGACAUUUGGGAAUACACAGGAACGUCCACAAUGGCUCGUACAUAUGCAGGAGCAACGUCAGAUUUUUUCACACUAUAAAUUACGCGCACUUGGCGAAUUUGGUCAGCAGAAAAAGAAGCAAUUCGGACGAAGCGAGUUCGCUGCAUGCUCUGCUCAGCACUUUGUCGAAACGAAGGCAAAGCGAAAAUAGCCAUUACAGUGCAGUUAACAGUCACAAGGGGCACACCUACCACAUCGGAGCAGAUCACUAUCAAUACAAGAACAUUUUAACAAGGUGGAAAGAGCUAGUCAAGAUAUACAUAAGCUGGUUCCCAGAAAUUACCGAAGACAAAUAUAAGUCGAAAUGUUUUUCCCUACCCACCUAUUUGGUCAUCCACGUGGUGAUACCCGGUAGUGACAUAGCUCAGAUAGACACAUUGCAACAAUUUGAAGAAUUCAAUUUUGACACCCUCCUAAAAAGUAUUUAUCGAAAGGGGGCACACAUAUCUGAUAGGGACCUCCACAAGUAUCUUCCCGAAGGGGCAGAUCACUCUGUUUACAAUGCAGAAGGGGGAAGCUCACCAAAUGGAGGUGAAAGUAUUGAUGAGGAAGGAACUCACAGUUUAGAAGAAGACAACAAAGGGGAAGAUCCAAAUAGUGCCAAAAAUAAGUCCACCAAGAAAAAAAAAAAAAAUGACAAUUCGGAUAGUUACGAUGUACACUACGUUAUUGGUAGAAAUAUCGGCGAUGCGUACAACAGAGUAGAAAGCGUUAUAACUAAGGCGGAUGUUUCUGAACUGGGGGUACAAGUGCAGGAUCGAACCGAUCAAAGUGAUGAAGCGGAGGCAGGAGGCGAAAGGAACUACUUCUUCUCUCUUAACUUGCUUGAACUGAAAGGUAACGAGGCGGACAGGGAAAUACUAAGUCGAUGUAUGAGGGGGGAUUUUACAGAGACAGUUGACCCCAUGGCGAAAUCUGAACCCAAUGGUGACCACCACCCCCAUCCUUUUCUCUUCGUCGUAUACGACUAUAAAACUCUAAUUCACAUAUUUAAUAACGUCAAAUUGGAAAUGCCAAACAUCGCCAGCGUCUUCGAUGUCUAUAUUUUGAGUUCCCUAUUGCAGCUAGUCCAGAGGGGGGAGAAGCUUCAAAAUGUGUUUAGUGCAUAUGCAACGCUGUCUGGGGGAAAUAUACUGUCGAUGCUAAACAGUACGUCCGUUUUGGAGCUACCCACUGUUGAGUCCACGAGGAAAUGUCACUUUGCCAUUAUGCCACCCGAAUUUUCGGACAUCAUUUCUGGGAAAUAUGGUAUUUUCGGGUGGGGCAAGUACCAGAAGAUGAAAAUAAAGCAAGAAAGGAAGAAAAAGGGAGUCAGCGCUGGACAAAAGAAGGGGAAGGAUAACCGUGGCAUUUCGGAGGGUGACUCUCAUGAUGGUGCCACUUCCACCCUCCCCAGUGCAGCACAACAAACCAGCAGGGUGAGACAGAACCAUUUCAGCUUCACUCGCGUACAAGUGAGCGACCAAAGGAGCAUUAAAAAAUUGUCCUUCGGAAAUAAAAGGAGUCUGUACGAAAUAACGGAGGAAGAUAUGAUCAGCUACUGUGUAUCGAGAAAUUGCUGCAUGAUGGUACUCUUCCAUUUUUUGAUGGACAUAUUUGCAAAGAAUUUAAACUUGUUAAAUAUUUACGUCAAAAUUGAGCAGCCACUCAUCCUCUGUAUUAGCGAAAUUGAAAGGAGAGGCAUUUUUUUAAACCGGAAGAAAAUUGAGGAAAUUCACCAAAGUUGUAGUAACCCCUUAGUGUAUAAGGAAGAGAUAGAACACCUCUGUCAGUGUAACAUCAAUUUGAAUUCAUCCAAGCAGGUUGCAUCCCUCAUAUAUGGACACUUGCUCGAUCUUACUGUGAGCCCUAACGUGGAGGUAGUCACGAAGACUGGAGACGCAGUGCCUCAUGCAGAAAGUGUAAAUUAUGAUUAUACGGUUGGAAGGAACAAGGGUGGUGAACCGUUAAGUCACAUAUAUGAUGAGUUUUACCAGACGGAAGGGACAUUUGAGCGUGAGAAGGAAAACAGAGGGGUGGACGCAACAGGUUCACAGUUGCAAUCUUACGGAGGCACGAACAAAGAAGAUACGAUGAGGAGAGGAGCCAAGUUAGAGAAGAGUAACUUACUAAAAAACACCAUUACGAAUGGUAACUACUCCGGUUCUGUGACAGAGCCGUCUUUGGUUAUUUCUAAAUCGGAGGAAACGAAGCCAUUCCCCCAAUUUAACAACACCAUUAACGAAAUGAGAAGAAGCAAAAGUCUGCAAACGAACAACAAAACGCUCAAAUUAAUUGUGGACGAAAUUGAACGAAAUGAACUUAUUACAGAAAAGGAAAAGGAAAAAAUAAAAAAAAUUAUCAGCAAUGUGAAACUGUACAGGGAGUCCAAGAAGCUCUUUCAGAAUUAUAUAGAAAAUUUACCCAAGUUUAUACAGAAGGAGACAAAUAAGAUUCACUGUAACUUCAAUCAGAUAGGGGCGUCUACAGGUCGGCUCUCUUGCGAGCACCCCAACUUGCAGAACAUCCACUCGAGGUUCCGCUGCGCGGUAUCACUCAAGAGGGGGGGUGUCGACAGCGGCGAGGUGGGCAGCACCGACAUAGAAAAGGACAAGCUGAUGACGGCAGGAGAUCCACCCGGAGAAAUGUUAACCUGUGAAAUGUCCCCCCACGAAGGUGCCCCCCCCGAUGGCGAAAACCUCAUCACCUUCGACUACAAGCAGAUGGAAUUGUUCGUCAUGGCGUACCUCAGCUUCGACGUGCAGUUACUGAAGAUGCUGCAGAGCGGCGACGUCUUCGUUGAGACGGCGAAGGUACUAUUUAACACAACACAAGUGACGAGCGAGCUGAGGAGAAUGACCAAAACGGUCAUCUAUGGGAUUCUAUACGGGCAGACUGAAAAUGGAUUGGCUAAGAGCCUCCUGAUAAGCGAAGGAAUGGCAAGUAACUUAAUUUCGAAUUUCUUUCAGGUUUUCCCCAACGUGUACAAAUUUAUGGAAAUGCAGAAAAUUUUGCUCAAGCAUAUGAAUAGAGUAUACACGUUAAUCGGGCGCAAGAGGGUAAUUGAACCCACCGUAAAAAACAAGUAUCGCAUAAGUAUGAACACGCCGAUUCAGGGGUGCGCGGCGGACGUCAUGAAGUUCGCCCUGCUGUCUUGCUUCCGCAUCAUGGAACAUGGGCGUGGGCGCCAUGGCUUCAGCGAUUUCGACGGUGUACAUGGACCACAUAGAGAGCACAACGUACACCCCACCUACCGCUGGCCGCAGGACGAACGCCUGUUAGAAAUGAACAACGUGAGUGCAAACCUCCUGGAGGAAAACAAGCCAUUCCUAGGAGCAACCAAAUUAGUUUUGCAAGUGCACGAUGAAUUGUUAUUUGAAAGCACCAGAAGAGCCACGGCUUCGAUCAUUCGACUCUUCAGCCCCAUCCUAGAAAAGGCCUUCUACAAUUUAAUUCACUACACAAAUGCGUGCGAUAGGUUGGUUCUGCUUUACGAUUACAUGCAUGAUCAUAUUUCUGUGCAGACAUAUAUACAUUAUCUGCAGCUAUCUAAUAAUGGCCAGACGUGGGAUUCCUACUCCUGUGGGCCAAAAGAUAGGUACUAUAAUUCGUCCAACAAAUUAAAUUCAAUUUUUGAAGAAUUCAAUUUUACGUUACCGAUUAAGGUAGAAACGGGGGACUACUACAAGGAAUUUUCUUAA